UUUUUUCUUACCAACACGCAGGUACUUCAUGAAGAAACUACAAUACCGGGAACCGAUUUGAAGUUAUCAUAUUUAAGCUCCAGGGCUGCAGGAUAUAAAUCUGUUCUGAAGAUCACUAUGACCCAAUCUGUGAUACCAUUUAACUUAAUGAAGGUUCAUCUUAUGGUGGCGGUAGUGGGAAGACUUUUCCAGAAAUGGUUCCCUGCAUCUCCAAAUCUGGCUUACACUUUUAUUUGGGAUAAAACUGACGCGUACAACCAGAGAGUCUAUGGAUUAUCUGAAGCUGUCGUGUCUGUGGGCUAUGAAUAUGAGUCUUGCUUGGAUCUGACACUCUGGGAAAAGAGGACUGCCAUUUUGCAGGGCUAUGAACUAGAUGCCUCUAACAUGGGUGGCUGGACGCUGGAUAAGCAUCACGUAUUGGAUGUUCAGAAUGGAAUCCUCUACAAAGGAAAUGGUGAAAAUCAAUUUAUAUCUCAGCAACCCCCAUUGUCAGCAGCAUUAUGGGCAAUGGAAGAAGGCGCAGCAUCUCCUGCCCAAGUUGUAAUGGUCAAGCUGAUGGUAAUAAAUUACUGGCUCCAGUUGCCUUAGCUUGUGGGAUUGAUGGCAGUCUUUACGUGGGGGAUUUCAACUAUGUUCGACGGAUAUUUCCAUCUGGAAAUGUAACUAGUGUUCUCGAGCUAAGCAACAACCCAGCUCACAGAUACUACCUCGCUACUGACCCUGUGACAGGAGAUUUGUACGUUUCCGACACAAACACACGCAGGAUCUACCGGCCCAGGUCACUCGCGGGUGCCAAAGACCUGACGAAGAACGCUGAGGUGGUCGGAGGCACAGGGGAGCAGUGCCUACCCUUUGAUGAAGCACGGUGUGGUGAUGGGGGCAAGGCGGUUGAGGCGACUCUCAUGAGCCCUAAAGGAAUAGCAAUUGACAAGAAUGGGUUAAUAUACUUUGUUGAUGGGACCAUGAUCAGAAAAGUGGAUCAAAAUGGAAUAAUAUCCACGUUGCUUGGCUCCAAUGACCUGACCUCAGCACGACCUCUGACCUGUGAUACCAGCAUGCACAUCAGCCAGGUUCGUCUGGAAUGGCCGACAGAUUUAGCCAUCAACCCAAUGGAUAACUCCAUUUACGUUCUGGACAACAACGUCGUUUUGCAGAUCACUGAAAACCGCCAGGUGCGCAUUGCUGCGGGGAGGCCCAUGCACUGCCAGGUUCCCGGAGUGGAGUACACGGUGGGCAAGCACGCGGUGCAGACCACGCUGGAGUCAGCAACUGCCAUUGCUGUGUCUUACAGUGGGGUACUGUACAUUACAGAAACGGACGAGAAAAAGAUUAACAGGAUAAGGCAGGUUACGACCGAUGGAGAGAUCUCAUUAGUUGCUGGAAUACCUUCAGAGUGUGACUGCAAAAACGAUGUCAACUGUGACUGUUACCAGAGUGGAGAUGGCUAUGCUAAAGAUGCCAAACUUAAUGCCCCCUCCUCCUUAGCUGUGUCUCCAGACGGCACGCUGUACAUUGCUGAUCUGGGAAACAUUCGGAUCCGGGCUGUGUCAAAGAACAGACCCUUACUGAAUUCAAUGAAUUUUUAUGAAGUUGCUUCUCCAACCGAUCAAGAGCUUUAUAUCUUCGAUGUCAAUGGUACUCACCAGUACACUGUGAGUUUAGUCACCGGAGACUAUCUGUACAAUUUUAGCUACAGUAAUGACAAUGAUAUUACCUCAGUCACGGACAGCAAUGGGAACACUCUGCGUAUCAGACGGGAUCCCAACCGGAUGCCGGUGAGAGUGGUCUCCCCCGAUAACCAAGUCAUCUGGCUGACGAUAGGCACGAAUGGGUGUUUGAAAAGCAUGACUGCACAAGGACAGGAGCUUGUUUUAUUUACCUACCACGGCAACAGUGGGCUUCUGGCAACUAAAAGCGAUGAAACGGGAUGGACCACUUUUUUUGAGUAAGUACAUAAAAUAAAGCUCCACGCUUUAUAGUUCUAUUGAGCUCUACAGAACCACUGCAAUACUGCUGGGGACUGGUGAGGUAACUGUAACGAUAAUGCUUGGUAACAAAAUGCACAGGGAGACGCUUUCAGUUUCCCAGCCUGUCUACAUCUGUCUUAGUCUAAGGACUGGGUCUGCAUAAUUUUAAAUUCAUUAUCUCCAAUUUCAGUUUUAUACAUUAGAAUAAUUGUGAGACAACAUCUCACUCUUGUCAACAAAGCUGUAAUUCAGACAACCAUGAUUCUGUAGAUUUGCAUCAAGAACUAAAUUUCCAUCCCUUUAGCUCAUUAGAUUGACACCGUUCUGCAGCAAAUACUGACAAGAAAUCUGCUUUACUGCCGAAUAUUUUUUUUCUUCCAUUUUCUUAAAGCAGCAGCACGCCUUGUGGUCUUUUACCCAGAAAAAAAACUGGGUGUGGGCUUUUAUUUUUGAAGUUGUGAAAGGUUGUGUUUCAUUGAGCGGCAAAUAUCUGAGAAAUGUGAGCCCUGGGGGAAGUGUCAUGCCUGUAGGAAAAAAGGAGGACACGGAGACCAACAGCAGUGUGUGAUACGCGCAUGCAAACGUAACAGUGAGAGAUGCUAGAUUUGUAAUUUUACCAGCCUUGGAAAAAUCUCUUACAUUAAAUGUUUUACCCCAUGUGACAGUCAUUAAGACACACCAACGCCUGUUUGCAACAGUCAGGUUAACAAAAAAUUUUACAGAAUCCUUAGAUGUAUCGAAAGAGGAAGGUUGUGACAAUGUAUGAAGUGGUAGAACCUUACAGCUCAGAUACUGGCAUUAUAGGCAGCUUCAUCCUCAAAUGAAUUGGACUACCAACUAAUACACCCAACAGAACAAAAAUACAGCUUAAAAUGCAAUUUAUUUCAGAAAAGACAGAUAUAAAAUUAACCUUUUUCAGUCAUCUGUCAAUUGGAAAAUACACGUAUACUUAAGUCACCUGAAAGACAGAUGCUAAGGUUGGAUAAAAAUGUGCCUAUGAAGAGUUAGUAUGAUAAGUAAAAGUGUUCAAGGGUCCUCCAUUGAAGUACUUGGGAUUACAAAGGACAUCAUGAAAAUCCUUUUUUUUUUUUUUUCCUUCUUCUAUCUUUUAGAUGAAAUGCAGUAGCAACUGCUGCCAAGGUCAGGGCCAAAAAAAAAAGCUUUCAAUUCAACAUGCAUGAUAAAGAAAAUAAAGUGCUGGUGUCAGGCAGUGGCAGCAAAGCCAAACAUCUGUGUUCUGAGAUAACUUCACAUUUCUGUCAGUGUGCAUUUGACUGAGGCAGUGUGCGGGAAGGCUCUGAGCACCUGUACCUACUUUCCAACCUUUACAUGUGCCCAUCAGAGACAUGAGAGCUGCAGGUGUUGCUUCACUGCAUAUUGUGUCCUGAAGUGGAGACACGGCUAGAAAUGCUGAUCCCUACCAGAGACAGCAGGUGGAAUGGCAUCGCUGCCAGUUUUAAGGUAUUCUUGCAGUAAUCUGUAAAUUGGCAGGGCUUGGAGAGUGGGCACAUUACCAAAGCAUUAGAAGCAUUAGCUCACGCCUGUAAUAUUUAAUGGUGCAUUUGUGCAUCGCUGCACAUUUUUUUAGGUCCUGGCAGGAGGACACAGAAGCACAGCGAGGAUACACAGGAAUGAGAAGCUGUUCAAUGGGGAGGGCACAUGUUCUGUCCUGCAAGUUACCUGUGCCCUAUACGCUCAGAGACCAAAGCACAGCUUUGGAUGGGCUGUGAAUAGUCCUCCAUUUCCACAGAGUACACCAAGUGUUUCACUGUGACACACAGAAACCACCUGUUUCCAGUAUGUGAGUUGGGAAAGGCAGGCGGUUUGGGGACAGUGAAGUCCCCUACUGAAAUUAAGGCAUCUGUUGAGUACAGCAGGCACUUCAGAUCAUGCUGGUGUGCAUACUGGAUAAUUGAGGAGCCAGAGUUCUAAUCAGGGCAGUAAUUUCUCACCAUGAGUGUGUGGUUUUUGUGUGCCUACUAUAGUGCACUGCUGAUGGCCCCUGAAUGUACCUUAAUGGCAUCAGCAAGAUUGCAAAAGGGGUAGAUUUUAUGUUCACUAGUAAAUGUUUUAUAGGUCUGUAUUUUUCAUCACAGGAAGAACUUAGGGUACUGCAUGUCAAGAAAUACAGUUAUUUACUGCGUCUCUAAGCAGCCGUCUUUCGUAUCUGAUCUGCUUUCAUUUAGACUUCCUCGUCGGUGUUGGGUCUGUCCAGCUGGCUUAUGCAGAGCCCAAAGGGCAGACCAUUCCCCUCAGAAAGUAUUGGUAUCAUUUCAUUGGUAUCAUUUCAGCUGUUGCUUAUGUCCUUCCUAUAUACCUCAGACCAGAGUCUCACUGGAAGACUCAAGCCAAAAUAAUUACGGUGAGAGGUAAGCAGUUCCACUCACCCCAAAUCUGAGGUUGUGUGAGGCUUUUGCAGAAGUAAAGAUACUCAUCUCCUCCCCGUAUCUAUGGCAAAUUAAAAUUCUGUUUAAUUGCAACAAGGAAGAUUCAGAUUAGACACUUGGAGAAACUUGUUGGUGAAGGCAGAGGAGCCCUGGGGCAGACAGAAGUGACCCCUUACCCUGUGCAGGCUGUCCUUAAGAGCAAUUAGACAUCUUUGAGAACUAACUUAGGAAGAACAGAUCCUGCCUUGGGGUAGGGGCUGCAUCAUCUGACCUCUCAAGGUCCCUUGCAGUCAUGUUUUCUGUGAUGCUCCAUACAAGUUAAUACCAAAAAUAAAAAAUUGUGCUGAUUAUGUAAAGCUACAGGGAAUAAGUGGGGAAAAAAAAAAGCACCGAGUUAUUUUUCUUGCCAGAGCAGCAUUCUUGAAAACAUCCAUCAGGCAUCGCAGCUGCUUUUUUGCUUUUUGGGUUGUUGUUGUUUUUUUUGUUGGUUUUUUUUUUGACAUAAAAUCCCCAUACACUAAAUUUAUGUCUGUGUACUUCCCUUUUGAAGAAAAAGCAGAUAUAAACAAGCCCAUUCUGACAUCUCUUAUUCUAGGAUCAACAAACGUUGUUUUGACUUUGCUUUUCAGUGCUGAUGAUUUGUAAUAGUAAAUCUGACUUCGGCGGCCCUUCCAGAGCCUUCUGCAACCACUGCCAACAUGGAAACUAGGCUUAUUGCAUCAGGGCUUGCAUUGGGGUGACACAGUGCACUUGUGUGCAUGCAUCUCAGUCCCAGCUUUUGCAUAUUCAUGUUGGUAGGCAGCGUGGGCUAAAACGUAUGCAGCUGAACAAUUCUCUGCUGAAUAAAAUGAACUCCUGGUAAAACAGUAAGGUUUCCCUAGGAUGCCUGGCUAGAAAUAAGAAAUUAGGAGAAGAAAUCUUUCUGAUCUUCUUAUUCUAUUUUAGUAACAGCAAAAUAUUUCAGUUUCACUGCUGGAUACAUUUUCUUUUAAUAUAGGAAUUUAUGUAUUUUAUAUAUUUUAUUCACUCUAUAUUGUUACUCGGCUUCUCAAAAUGUUUUGAGGAGGCAACAAAGUUUAUAUUCCGUGGUGAAUUUAGACUUUCUUCCAACUCAGAGGCAAAACUUCUCAACUGUCAGAACAUGGAAUAGAGGUGGCAUUUUUCAGUUCUCACUGUGGCUUGGCUGUUUCACCAUUUGGCGGUCCUGCACCAGUUUGAAUGGCAAAAGGUACAGCGGAGUAAGUUACUGCAUUUCGUGUGAUAAAAAAAUCUAGUUUUUAGAGCCAAUCCAGUAACAGUUUUGCCAACUCCUCUCUUGUGCAAAUGUGUUGUACAACUGCAGCAUGGAUUCAGCCGAGUUCUUACUGAUGUAGGAGCAGAUUUAAGACAACUCUUUUAUUUUUUUUAGAACAACUUCUCGGUGAAAAGAAAGAAUCUUGGAAGAAAAACACUCCAUCCCAAAAAUUGGCAAUCACUUCCCUGGCACAUAUUAAAACAUCUUUUCGUGAUUUUCUGUUAGGGUUUCUUUCUCCCCCCACAGACGAAGUCACACUAAUAUCAGAUCCAAAAGAAUUUUUUUUUUUUAUCUGGACACUAAAUAAUGUAGGUUUUAUUUUAUUUAGUCUCCACUUUGCCUAAGGGAAGGACUGACACAAUGGCAAUCUUUCUAUUUCUAUUUUAUGUGCUCUUUUAAAUGAAAAUUGCAAGCACUUGUAAUCAGAAGUGAAUAACCAAAGGGCCCUGCGGUGCCCCUACAAGGAGGCAAACCCACAGCCUGCACUCCUGGUCUCCUCAAAUGCCCCGCUGUGCCAGCUCUGGCCAGCCAGGCUUUCAGUUCAGCUGAAAAUGCUUUAAAACCCCACUACUAACAGAGUGGUUGGUGAUGCUUAAGAGGGCAAAUUAUUCCAGAACAAGGAUGUUAGACGGAAGUCUGCAUUGUCGAGGCUGUGGUGUUUGUCUACCCGGUGUGCCUGGCCCUCAGGUGUCUCCCCACUAGGAUGGUUUGGGACGGAUCAAGAUGACUGGAGCCAUGGGGCAUCUGCAGGCUGCACUGUGCAGAGGUGAGCCGACUGAACAGUCCCAGAGACAAUAGAUGCUACAGUUCCAGGCAUUUGCAUUUUUUUCUGACUUGUGCCUGGUGCCUCCAUUUCCCUGGAAGGUGCAGACUGUAUGGGAUCGCCUUCGGCUUUCUCUCACCCCCUGUAGUUAAUCUGAGAUAACUCUGUUCCCUAUACGGUGCGUUAUUUCCAGUAGCUGCUGAUCAUUAUCUCUUUCCUGUGUUCUCCCCCAUUCACAUCACUCUCCUUCUGGGAGCGAUGUCAGCAGGCAAUAAAUAUCUGAUCCACACUAAGACGCCUCCUCCUCUUCCCUGCAAUUUCACUCCCUUUCAUCCAUGUCUGUUUUUGCCUCCCUAGCCCUUCCUGUCCUACUAGGUUUCCAGAUGUCCCUACUUUGUAUCUUGCUCCUUCCCAUGUCUCCUGUCAUUUCUCUAAGGCGUUUGGCUUCCCUGCCUCCCCCUUUCCCAGAGGUGCUUUUCUUCUCAAUCCCCUCCUGUAACUCUUGACAGUCCAUCCAAUCCUUCCCCGGGCGCUUCAUGCCCUGAGCUCAUUUGUCUUCUCAUUCUUAUCCUCCCUCUCUCGCUCAAUUCUUGUCUCCAAGGGAAUGCAACAGAAAUCAAAGAGAGUGACAUUAGCAAGCAGAGCUCUUACAAGUUUACUUUGCUCCCACAGUUAAAUUAAUGAGCUUUCCAGCCAUUCUGGAAAGGUGAUGAAAUUGUGCAGAAUGUGAAAUUAUCCUUACAAUAAUUUAACAGAGAGAAUUGCAGGUGAAAUCUAUUUCCAGUGCAUGCUGCAGAGCAUCAUGCUUUACAUAUUAUGCUUUUAUUAACAAUGCAUUCAGUGCUGUGGUUUCCUUAAAACUUUGUGAUUCAGAGUAAGACACUGCCUCUGGCGUGGACUUGUUUAGUUUCUCCACGUACCAGACAUAUCAUCUGUAACUGUCUGCAUCAGGCAACAGGGAGCUGAUGAUAUUUUGCAGUUUUUCUCUUGCUUCAUCUUAAUGGAUUUCUUGUGGAGUCUGAUUUGGAAAUACUGAGAUUUGGCCUGUAAAAAAUCUAAAGAACUUCUACUGGGAGAUUUAAUUUAGAGAAAAGCAAAUAUUUAAUCUUGAUCAGAUACAAAUUAUCUUCCAGUUAGUGUCAAAUCAGUUGCUGCUUUAUCGUAUAUUAGGAUGUUUGCAAUUCACUUUGCAAUUUUAGCAUUUGUGUGUGAUUUCCUUUCAAUUUGUGGGUGUUCAUUUGUUUCUAUUUGUGUUCAUUUUUCUAUCACAUUUGUGUUUCAGUACUUUGAGUAUCUAAAAAAUGACUAAUGUCUUUUUCUCUUGCAAUUUUUGGGCUUUCAUUCAAAUUUGGUUUUGUUUUCUUACGAAUACCAGGACUUUGUACAAAAAUUGCAAUUUUUUCCUUUUUUUCAUCUACUCUAAGGAGUAUUCUCUGAGUGUCUUUAGAUUCAUAGUACUCUUUAGAUACUGUUCUCUCUUUUACCAUCAACAGCCUUCUGUACCUUUUGCUUUUACUGUUGCAGCUUCUCACUUCCUCUGUCUACAGUGUAGUGGCUAUGAAGUAAUUAACCAUAUUCUUAAAUUAGAUUAGUUUGUUCGCAUGAUUUUCAAAUUCCUGCACUGACUUGUAGCAUUCUCGUGAGCCCCUGCGUGCAAACCAUGUCUUACAAGUAAGCGUGGUAUCUCUAGUCAUUCAAUAUUAUAUUUACUCGAGCAACUUAAUGCCUAUUCUCUUCAUUCUUAAUACUUACUUAAGUUUUUUGGGGGGGAUAUUUUUUAUAUCCAGUCCUUGUGAACAUGCUUCUUUAUCCACGCUGCCUAUCCAAAUCCAGUGUGCAUUAUGCAUAUUUCCCUCUUAAAGUACAUCUCAGGGACUGUCUGGUUCUCUGUUUAUCAAAACUUGGUUUCUCUUCCUCUCAACAUGGCACAAAUUGAAACUCCUGUUGGCAAAACCUUCUCCCUUUCUUACACAGAGCCAUGGAUACAAACCUGUACAAAAAGCCAUUAGCAUUUCCCUCUAUUCAAACCAGCUAAAUAUUCCCUCUGUCCAAGAGAAUUUAUCAAGAAUAUGUAGCUAAUGCAUUCAAUUUUUGUGUGGUCACAGCAAGUUGAAGAACAUCACAUGUUGUAAACCUUCCCUUAGUUACAUCGAUGACACAGACACAUAAGUAUCGUUCAUGCAGCAUGCAAUUUCUGAGAUCUCAGUGACAGUUGUGCUUCCUGUCCGUACUCACCAUACUACUUCUUUAGAUAAAACUGUUAAGUAGCUUUUCUAAUUUCUAACUUACAUGUCCUUUUGAUGAGAAUAGGUGUCAUGGUCUCACAAUUUCCUAAUGUGUAACAUAACUCAGUUCCACAGUAAAUUUCGUAAUUCCAAUGCAGUAUGCUGUUAUAUAGUACAGUGGGGCUAUGCUGUCAGUGUUGCACACCACGUUGCUGCUUCAGACUCAUCCUACUAAAUAAUGAAGUAGACUUUGAAAAUCAUCUAUACCAUCUUAUGUCAAUGUAAAAUUUUUCAUUGAACUUGUCCCCUAAUUGUUCUGAUAUCAAUAGCAGAACUGUUUUACCCUUUUGUUGAUUCUUGAAUGUUUGCUAUUCCUUGUCCUUAAAACUAGGCUAAGUAAUAAAAGCAGAACUGAGAAAACCACUGAAUAGGUAAUACAAUCAAAAUAGCAACCCUGAGGAGACAUAUCAACAUUAUUACAUCUUACAUGUAUGAGGAAGAGCGGAGAGCUUUGAUUUCUGCCAAGAAAAUUCAGCGUAUGAUGUCUCUGUGGUUUUGGAAAGCACUUAGAAGAAUAAUUCAGCA